AUGCCGGGGCCGUACAGCAGCUUGAUGGUGCUUCGCCGGCGUGCGUCCCGGAGCGGUCCCGGACGGGCGGUCCGUGGGAGGAAAACGAGGGACAGCGCCGACGGCGCUCUGAUUCGACUUUUAACUUCAAACAAAGACUGCGGCGCGUGCGACUGUCAGGAGCGGAUCCGUCAGUUAGUCGUGUUGCGUGUAUCGCGCGCCUUGCGGGGGCGGGCGCGGAAAAGAGAUAAGGAGGCGGGCGAGGUGGUAUCACGCGAGGAAGGCGAGGCGAUUUAUCGCGCGACGCUCGAGUCGCUGUUGGCGUCCACCGGGUGGACGCCGCGCGCCGCGGAGGAGAGGGCGCGCGAGGAGCAGCGUGCGCAUGUUCGGCAGAUGCGCUGGGCAAGGGAGCACGGCCGGGGGGAGCCGGUCCGGUGCUUUGACGCGGAGGAGUACGACGAAGGCGACGACGCUUUCGACGCGCUCUUCGACGGGGGCUCGGGGUACGGGUGGGAUUCCCCCUCGGGGGGCGGCGCUUUCUUCUAG